AUGACUAGAGGAAUGACAACUGUCAUGUCUCGUACCCAACCAACCGAGACUAUCUCAUUUCCUGUGUUGACCUAUACCGAUGCCUUGCCUCGCAAUGACCUUCAUCCUCUAGAUGAGGCUGCACAACGCCAAGAUACCACCGUUGGACAAUGGGACUUUCGCCAACCCUCUCCAGGAGAUGGAUGGUUUAGAAGACCACUACCUAGUCACAGUGCUACAUUCGACUUCCAUGUUGCUGCCCCACCAGACGAGGCCAUUCCAUCUAUUGUUCGGACCCCGACAGAGCAACAUAUGAUUGGCAUUGCACUAGGUAGUCCAGGGCUAUUGAAACAAGAUGAGGCUCUGCCACCACCCCGAUUUGAUACUUCAAUAUUCGCCCCAGGACAAAAUGGUCUCACCCACAAACCGAGCAAAUGGAAGAAGAUUGGUGGAUUGUUCAAGGCAAAGAAUGCCCUUACUUCUCACCAGGACGAGAUGCAAAGUGGCGAACCGAAGCCUCAACACGAGUAUAGAAUGUAUGAGAAGCCACAAAAGACCAAAGAGAGGAAGAGCUCGACGGACGAGUGGCCAAAGCUUGAGGUUGAUCCUACGCAAGAUCGUACCAACCAAAAUCCGCAAAGGAGUCGCAAGUUCUCCCUUAGUGGAAACAAAACACCCAAGGAACAGCCACAGCCAAGCCUUCAAGGGCCUCUACUGAGCGUUGAUAUCCCAGAUGUUCAAAUGGAGCGCUACAGUGUCAUGUUUGGCCAUGUCGUCAACAAAAACCAAAGACCCUCGCUGCUGGCCAGAAGGGCCAAAACUUUGGACAAUCUUCAAGUUCCUAAUGCAAAUGGCUUUCUAAAACCCGUGCCACCCCCAAUGCCUCAACGUCGGGCAACAUCGCCAGCGCGGUCAAGCUUUACUUUAUUCCCCACAUCACAACCGUCCAAAGCAGCCCAAAUACUCGGUACACAGAAUAUCUCACAGAAUUCCUCUCGUGGGCCCAGCCCCCCAAUACGAGCCAAUACACUGCCAGUCGAAAGUCCCUCAAAGAUGCCGGCGCAACAUUCCCGUCGCGGCUCGAAGAAGAACAGUCUUUCUUCCUUCGAGUCACCCGUCAUCCCAAAGCUUUCUAUUGCAACCUCGAGUACCCCGAGGUCCUCCAGUAGCUACGACAAGCCUCUUCCAGCCAUCAAGCCAGAGCCGCAACCUAACCACUUACAGAAGAGUUCUCAACCACACAAGAACUUUCAAUCACCGCAAGCAGUCCAGCAACAGCAGAGCGUCAAAUCGCAGAAACAACACCCAACAGCGCAGGAUGCACAAUGGAAAUCGAUCCAACCCAGAAAAGACUCCCUACCACGAGCAACAGAAAUCCAACCCCAGGUAGUCUCACCACAAAAGACAAGCACCAAAAUUCGCAUCGACAAAUGGCUAGACCAACAAAAGCCCCAAGCCACCACGCGCCCACGCCUGCGCGUCCAAACCGAGGACCGCCCCCAACCACCAGCAAAAGACAUAUCAUCCAGCACAGCCCUUAGCCCACCCUCAAACCUAAACCCAACUCAAGAAAAAAUCGACCGAAUAAUGUCCCCACUAUCCUCUUCCACAGGCCCAAGAUCCGGCAUCUCGCCAUCAGACUCAACAAGAAUGCCAUUCGUCGACGCAGUCGAGAGUCUCGACGGACCAGAAGAGACUGAAGAGAUCCCAAGCGCGAUCCCGCGUGUUGAAGUCUCAACUGCGCGCUCCAUAUCUGUUUCCCGCGCGAAGCGCCACAUGCUUGUUCCUAUUGGGGCUCGGGGUUCCCAAGCUGAUGCGGAGGAGCGUUUUGGGCAGCGGCGGGCUUUGACGCCGCAGAUUACGGACGCGCAUUUGGGACAUCGGCCUGGUGUCUCGCAGGAGUUGAGGAUAGAGUGUCUGUGA